GCUUGACGAGUUUACAAAUACUAAGCAUCGGAAAACCCUAAUCUUCCUCCAUGGACCAUCCCAAUUCCCCUUUGAGUCCACAGCGCUUGUUGCCUUACUCGCCAAGCAAUGUAACAUCGUGGGUACAAUUCCAGACAUAUUUGGGAAAUUCCGUAAUUUGCAGAAUCUUAGCCUUUCGUAUAACAAUCUUACAGGUUCUUUACCGGCAUCGUUUGGCAAGUCCCAGAUUGGGAGUUUAUGGCUUAACAAUCAGUUGAUGGGUCUUUCAGGUAGGCUUGAUGUUCUUGGCACAAUGUCACAGUUGCAACAGGUUUGGCUUCAAUCAAAUCAGUUUUCUGGGCCAAUUCCUGAUCUUUCAAAUUGUACUUCCAUAAAUGAUCUUCAGCUUCGCGAUAAUCAGUUAACGGGUGUGGUUCCUGAUUCUAUGAUUUCGCUUCCUAUGCUUCAUAAUCUGUCUUUACAGAAUAAUAAAUUUCAGGGUCCAAUGCCUAGUUUUCCUAAAAAUGUUCAGGUGACACUUGGAGAAACAAACAGUUUUUGUGAUACAAGUCCAGGCCCUUGUGACCCUCAGGUGACAACAUUACUUGAGGUUGCUGGGGCAUUGGGAUAUCCUAUGACAUUGGCUGAGUCCUGGGAGGGAAUAAUGCUUGGAAGUGUGAGUGCUAUUAAUUUUGGGAAGCAGAAUUGGGUUGGUACAAUAUCGCCCGCCAUUGCUAACUUGACUGCAUUGAAGAAUUUGCUUUUGAAUGAUAACAAACUCACCGGUUCCAUACCGGAUAGUCUGACUAGUUUAGCACAACUACAGCUUCUUGAUGUCUCCAACAACAAUCUUUCAGGAAAAAUACCACCUUUUGCUUCAUAUGUGAUGCUUAAAACCUCUGGCAAUCCAUUACUUGGCACAGAUUUGCCCUCUGUUCCGAAUAAUACUUCUCCUGGUGGAACUUCAUCCACUGGGACAAAUAGUCCAUCGGGUGGAGCAACUACAACUGACUCUUCUAUCUCUCCAUGGGGGAUUGUUGGUACCAUAGUUAUAGCUGUGAUCUUAAUUGUUGCUCUGUUUUUGGUAAUAUAUAAAUGCUACAUGAAGAAGCGCAGUGGGAGAUUUAAGUGGGUUAGUGGCAGUCAAAGUUGGAAAGACAAGGAGAAGAAAGAUGCCGGGGCUAAAGUGACUAGCUAUGACGCCCUUGCAAGUGAAUCAUCAGGUCAAAGUAGAGAUCCAAACAGUGAUAUUCACGUCUAUGAUGGUGGGAAUGUUGCUAUUCCAAUAGAAGUUUUGAGAGAAGUGACAAAUAACUUCAGUGAAGAUAACAUCUUGGGUAAGGGUGGAUUCGGCGUCGUCUACAGAGGACAACUCCACGAUGGGACAGAAAUAGCCGUGAAGAGGAUGGAAUCGACUUCGAUGAAUAACAAAGGGCUGAAUGAGUUCAAGGCUGAAAUCGAGGUUCUCACAAAGGUUAGACACAGAAAUUUAGUCGCGCUUCAUGGUUUUUGUGUCGAUGGAAAUGAAAGGCUUGUGGUCUAUGAGUAUAUGCCCCAGGGGACACUGGGGCAGCAUUUGUACCAUUUUGAUGAAAUGGGGUUUCAUCCACUUACUUGGAAGGAAAGAGUCACCAUAGCACUGGAUAAUGCACCUGAAGGGCAAUACUCAGUGGAGACUCGUUUAGCUGGGACUUUUGGAUAUCUUGCUCCAGAGUAUGCUGCUACUGGAAGAGUGACCACAAAAAUUGAUGUCUUCUCAUAUGGGGUGGUAUUGAUGGAGAUGAUUACGGGUAGAGGAGCACUGGAUGAGACAUUUCCAGAGGAUAGAAUUCAUUUGGUUCCAUGGUUCCGAAGAAUCCUUGUUAACAGAGACAACAUCAGACAGUCCAUAGAUCCAUCCCUGGACCCAGACACAGAAACCUUAGAGAGCAUCUUCAAAGUAUCAGAACUAGCAAGACACUGCACUGCUAGGGAGCCAUCUCAGAGGCCGGAUAUGGGCCACGCGGUUAAUGUCUUGUCCCCACUUGUGGAGCAAUGGAAACCCACCAGCGAUGAGGAAGAAGAUGGCUUUGGUAUUAACCUUCGGAUGAGCCUCCCUCAAGCCCUGCAGAGAUGGCAAGCCAGUGAAGGUUCCACGAUGAAUGAUCUGAAUACUUACAGUGAUGCAUCGACGACAUGCGACACAGCAGCCUUCUGGGGUUGA